CAGGUCCCGAGUGAAUGAAUUACUGGGACAGAAUAACCUACCCGAGACUCUGUUUCCUUUUGUGCACAGUGUGACUAUUACGAAUACUUGCUGCAAUUUUCUUUUCUUUCUUUCUUUCUUUUUUUUUUUUAAAGCUACGACUACUUCUUGUGCUGGGAAUACUCUGCGGUGGUCGCAGGGAGCCCACCCUCGCUGGGGGUCUUUGGACUGGUCCCUAGGGCGCAGUGUUUGGAGUGGAAGAGGAAAGUGGUUAGCUAACCACCAAACCUCCUGCCCUCUCACACACCUGGGAUCCCAGUUUUGACUUUGGUUCUCGCUCACGUAUUUUGUGAAAAUGACACAAUAUCCUGAAACCAUGGAAGACUGUGUGCUCGCCGAAAGUCUGGGACAAGUUUAAGGAGAGAGCUUUCCCUCCUCCACUCAGAGCAGAAAAUGAACAAAUCCCAGGAGCAAGUGUCAUUCAAGGAUGUAUGCGUGGAUUUCACCAAGGAAGAGUGGUGUCUGCUGGACCCUGCCCAGAAGGUGCUUUACAGAGAUGUGAUCCUGGAGAAUUAUAGCAACUUCGUCUCAGUAGGGCAUUGUGUUACUAAGCCAGAUGUAAUCUUCAAGAUAGAGCAAGGAGAAGAUCCCUGGAUACCAGAAAAUGGAUUCCAAUGCCACCCAGAAAGGAAAUGGAAAGUGGAUGACCUAUUAGAGAGCAACCAGGAAAAUCAAGAUGGACACUUUUGGCCACUCAUGUUCACCAACAAGAUCACAAACCUUGAGGGUGGAGGUAACACAAGAAAAACGCCCAGUCCAGACAUUGACUCUCUUUCUUCAAGAAGUUUUCUGCUCAAAGUAUGUGACUCAUGUGAAAUGAAUUUAAAGAAUGUUUCAGCUGUGAUUAUUAGCAAAAAGAACUAUUCCAGAAAGAAGCUUAAUGAGCUUAAUAUAUAUAAGAAACCAUUCUCUGACAGUAGACAGGAGAAAAUUCUUGUAGGAACAAAGUCAUGUGGCGAUGAUGGGGAAAAGGAUGGCCUCCGUCUUUGCCGGGAUCUCACCCGGCCAGUUUCUGAUCAGCCUUUUGCGUAUAAUGAAACAGGACAAGGCUUCCGUGAGGAGGUGGCCCUUUGUACAAGUCAGAACUCUCAGCUAGGGGAGACUCUCUAUAAGCACACUGAAUGUGGAAGAACUUUCGUUGACAGUUUGAAGCUCAGUGUAUCUCAGAAGACGCGUUUGCAUCCGGAACCUCAUGAGUGCAGUAUUUGUAGAAAGUCCUUCUAUGUAGAUUUGCAGUUGGGACAUCACAGAGCUCUCUCAGGAAGCAGUCCUUAUGAGCAUAAUGAAUAUGAGAAACUCUUCUGUGACCGUUCAGCUUUCAUCGUUCAUCAGGAAGCUUACCCAAGAAAGAUCGCCCAGGAGUAUAAAGUGAGCAACAGAACUUGGGGAAAGCCAGCUCUCCUCAAACAUCAGAUAAUACAGAUGGGAGGAAAACCCUACGAAUACCAUGAAAAUAGGAAAAUUUUCAGCAAAAAAUCACAUCCCACCCAGUCUCGAAGACCUCACGUGGGAGAAAAAACGUUUGAAUGUGGUGAAUGUGGUAAAAUGUUUUGGGAGAAAUCAAACCUUACCCAGCAUCAGAGAACACACACCGGAGAGAAACCGUAUGAGUGUACCGAAUGUGGGAAAGCCUUCUGCCAGAAGCCACACCUUACCAACCAUCAGCGGACACAUACGGGAGAGAAACCCUAUGAGUGCAAGCAAUGCGGAAAAACAUUCUGUGUCAAGUCCAACCUUACUGAGCAUCAAAGAACACACACUGGGGAGAAACCCUAUGAAUGCAACGCAUGUAGGAAAUCCUUCUGCCACCGGUCAGCCCUAACUGUCCAUCAGAGAACACAUACAGGAGAGAAACCAUUUAUAUGCAGUGAAUGCGGGAAGUCAUUUUGUGUGAAGUCGAACCUGAUUGUACAUCAGAGAACUCACACAGGGGAGAAACCCUAUAAGUGCAACGAGUGUGGGAAAACCUUCUGUGAGAAAUCGGCACUCACUAAACACCAGAGAACUCACACAGGGGAGAAACCCUACGAGUGUAAUGUGUGUGGGAAGACCUUCAGUCAGAGGUCGGUACUCACCAAGCAUCUGAGAAUCCACACGAGGGUGAAAGCUCUUUUAGCAUCCUGAAUGUUUAGCUUUUGCAUGCCUGUCAAGUCAAUUGUACAGUUUUAAAAACGAGCUUAGAGCCUGCCAAAGAAUACCACAGAGUACUAGAAAAUACCAUUUUGUUGGAAUGCACGAAAGUUUUCAAGAAAAGAAAAACUUUCAUUUGAAAGAUUGUAUUGAAGGGAAAUUAUUCAUAUAAAUAAUAUGGUAAUAAACUUAGAAAUUAAAUUGUAUAAUGUCUUCCAAAUGUGUUUCAAAACUGUCUUUUAAAUAUAAUGAUUCAUAUUAAUUUUACUUGUAUUCAUAGGAAAGUAUGAAACUUAAAAAUGAGUGACUUCAGCAUUAACCAUACAUGUAAAGACAUCCGGUGUUUAUAGACCUUGUGUGAGUAUGUUACUGUAACAGAAGUCUAGGAAACCCUUGAUUUGUGAUUUAUUGGAACCCAGAAAGGAUGUGAGGAAGAAGAUGAGCCCUUGGUUUAACAACUGUUAUUGUAUACUUUCCACACUAAAUACCACCAGCAUUUUUAUAGAUUGAUAGUAUUAUGUAUGCUUCUGAACAUAUUUAUGAAUGUGAUAUAGAUGUAUGAAUAUAUAAAUAUACUUGUAUGCAUGUACCUGUACACCAAUGGCGUUGUCAUAAAGGCAGCUCAUACCAUUUAACAGUGCUGAUGAUUGUUAAAACGUCAGGAUUUUUGUGGAUCAAUUGUCUAAUAUUACAUGAAAUGCACUUCAGUUAUACUGAGAGCAAAGGAAAUAAAUAACACUUGUCAUUCCUAA